CUUAAAAUUUAUUCAACCAGCAACUUUCCAUUUGAUAACAACAUAAUCCUGCGCUUCUGCAGAAUUUCAUCGCCAAUUCCGGUAACAGUGUGAUAGGAUUAUUAAAUUGUUCUCAACUGACGGUGUAAUGGCCACUGAACGCUGUGAUAUAAUUGCCAAACCGAUUACGACGAUCUUUUUCGAUCUAGACAACACAUUGAUUCCGACCAGAAAAGGCGAUGCAAAGGCAUGCAGCAAGAUCGCGGAUUUGCUUCAAAACGAGCACGAUUUAUCACGUGAUUUGGCAAUUGAAGCCAGUACGACCUUUCUAUCGUUGCUGAGGCGCUGUCCGGACAAUCCAGAAUUUCCGUUAGCCCAAUGGCGCAUCCAACUUUGGGAAGACGCUCUUCCUGUCGAUUGUAAGCACCUCGCACCGGAAAUCUACCCCCGCUGGUUGGAGUAUCGCAUCCGCUAUCAGUCACCGGGAUCGAACAUUAUCAGCAUGCUUCAGAGUCUUCACCUUCGAUAUAACCUGGGCAUCAUCACCAACGGCCCCUCGGCAGCUCAGUGGGAAAAAAUCGACAAACUAGGUUUGGAACAUUUUUUCGAUUGCAUUCUAGUUUCCUCAGAUUUACCGUGGGCCAAACCGAAUCGGAACAUUUUCUACGCCGCGUGCCACUACUUAAAUGUGCAGCCCGAGGAAUGCGUCAUGAUUGGUGACAAGCUGGAAACCGAUGUUCAGGGUGGCAUUGAAUCGAAACUUGGCGCAACCGUGUGGCUUCCCCUGCCCGCAGACCUGCACUUAGGGCACGAUCGCUCACUAGCCGACAUCGAGGAACAGUACCGGCCGGACUAUAUUCUGUCGAGCGUGUUGGAUUUGCCGAACAUUUUGCCAAGAUCAGGCGUUUCUUUCGGAUCCAGGGCGUCUACGGUGAACCUGCAACAGAAAACCACACGCAAUAGAUCGGCCAGCUAUAACCGCUUCUUGCCAGAUGUUCCGGACCUGUUUAGUUCGAGCAGCAACUCGUGCGACAGUACUGCCAGUAUGGACGGCAACUGAAAAUCCCCUUUUAUGUAAGGUUAAAGUCCAACCCUAGCAUUUUUUUCCCCGAUUUUAAUUCGAAUAAGUUCGAAUAUUAGUUUAUUGUCCAUAGGAUUGUGCGUUAGACUUUUUCGUGUAGUACAACACCAUAGCUCGAUUUAUUUUAUGUCUUUUUAACAUCAGAACGUUUCAUUUAUGUUAUGAAUAGGAAAAAUAGGCUUAGGUUUUUAAAGCACAAACAAUAUUUUUUACUCCCUGAUUAAUUUAAAGAUUAUAUUUUUUUAGCUGUAUUUUCCUGUAGCGCUUUAGCUUUUUAUUAAAAUGAUUUUCGAAAACCUAUCAAUUAAGGUGCGGUGUAGUAGAAACAAUAAAACUGGACUUCUUCCCUCUUGUAACACAAAGAGUUACGAAGUACCUGAUGAGUAAAGCUUAACAACUUGAUGUUUCUAUAGCAGAGUUUUUAUCCAAACACAAAUACAAUAUUCUGGCUGGCCAGAAAUCUACUAUAACCCUGCUUUACUGUGAACCUCACUUUUCGAGCAGCUAUUAUGAAUAAUCGUAUUUUCCAUUCUAUAAUAGUUUUCUACUCGAGUAAGCAAAUAUCUAAGAAAUCGUACCCACAGAAAUGAAAAAUUACAAAAACAUAAAAUAAAGUUUAAAUCGUAAGUGAGGAGCGUUAACAACAACAUGCUCGUUCAAAUUUCAUUAUACAUAGGUUCGAUUCUAAAUAAAUCAGGCAGCAAUGCAUUGAAAAAUAGAAACGUCUCAUCGGAAAGAUGUCAAACACAAUUGUAAUCAAUCAUCACAAACGAACGAGCAAUGCCACUAAAAAACACUACAUUAGUGUAACAGUACGCAGAACCAUAACUCUGCUAUGCUUUCGAUGUCAUAAUAGAAACUAGAAUAUAUGAAGUCAAGAAUAAAGCUCACGCCGACGUGUUUGUUUGAUGCACUUUUUUGAUAGAA